AGAUAUGAUGAAAAUCUCUCUGUGUCUCUGUGUGUGUGUGUGUGUCUCUCUCUCUCUCUGUCUAAUUCUGCCUGUCCAAAAAAAAAAAAAUCUUAGGAGAAGAUGAAGCUCUAGAAUCAACUUUGGAUCCUGAGGUAUUGUCUCUUGUUAGAAUUUUUAAAUAUAAGUGUUACAUGGUGUUAAAAGUAGAAAAAAGAGAGCCCCAGCUGAGCUGAAUAGGAGCGGUAAAACAUGAACGGAAGAGUGGAUUAUUUAAUCACCAAGGAAGAAACCAAUCUUACCAGAGGACCCUCAGGGCUGGGCUUCAACAUUGUCGGUGGGACAGAUCAACAGUAUGUCUCCAAUGACAGUGGGAUCUAUGUCAGCCGCAUCAAAGAGAAUGGGGCUGCAGCCCUGGAUGGGCGGCUCCAGGAGGGUGAUAAGAUCCUCUCGGUAAAUGGCCAGGACCUAAAGAACCUCCUGCAUCAGGAUGCUGUAGAUCUCUUUCGUAACACAGGCUAUGCUGUGUCCCUGAGAGUACAGCACAGGUUACAGGUGCAGAAUGGACCUCUUGCACAUCGAGGUGAAGGGGAGCCAAGUGGCAUUCCCAUGGCUGUGGUUCUGGUGCCAGUGUUUGCCCUCACCAUGGUGGCAGCCUGGGCUUUCAUGAGAUACCGGCAACAGCUAUGAAAAGUUUGCUUUCCUCCAGUGCUCCCAUUGAAAAUACAUUUCUCUAGCCCUCUUCCACUACCAUUCUACCAUAUCUUUCUCUACAUAGCCAACACAUGAUUUAAAGUGACCAAUGCCCACCUAUAACUUUGCUGUUCAAAAUCGCCAAAUCUUCAUAUUUUAAUGGGAGAGUAAAGAUAUUUUUUGAAGGAAAGCUGAAGAAAAUAUUGCUUAGAGCAAAAGAAGAGAUACAUAUUUCACUAGGUCUUCUGAUAGAAAUGUCAGCUGCCACCCAAAGAGAGAAAGGUCCUGACUUCCUAUCACCAUGGGUGAUACUUUAUUUCUAAGCUGGCAUGCCUCAACGUCCAGCUGUAUGAUAUGAGAAGAAGAAAGGAAUUUUCUUUAUAAUGAUCUUCCUAGGGAAAUUUUUGUGGCCUUUAUUUCAUUUCUAACUACAUACCUGUGUGCCGAUAUUAGACAAAGAAGAGUGAAAAGAGCAUUUUUACUUUUUUGUACAAGAUAAAUACAUAGAUAAAGUACACAUACAUAUACAUGUAUGAUAGUGUAGUAGUAAUGCCUUAUGAAGAACUGAAGAGGUGAGGUAGUUGCUCUGGUUUCAAGGUUUCUGAUCUAAGGCAUGACCUUAAUUGAAGAAUUUAAAGAGAUAUUUGUAAGCAUGUAUAGUAUGAACCAGAGAGUGAGCCUUAAAAGAGAAUGCCCAGUCUAGGGCACUAAAAUACUCAAUCAACCAAUUAAAGUUCUUGGAAGGACAAAAUUUUUUCUCCUAAUAGCUGUGGUGAAACUGAGGCAAAUUUCCAUAAUCCAGUUCUCAAUCUUUAAAAAAAAAAUAAAAAAAACCUUUCAGGUAUAAAGAUAAAUACGGUAGUAAAGAUAAAUAUGGAACCUUCGGGCUUCACUUUUGACAUUUGUGGUACCUCACAGGGCUGUGAAAGUGUCAGCUGGAAUGAUUGUGGUCAGGGCUGUGGCAGUAGGGCCAAAGCAACCCAGCAAGAAAACUCUCGAAGGACAAAAGACAGUGCUUCCCAGGGUAGCACCUGAACUCUCUCAAGCUGUUUACCAGCUUUUUAAAUUUCUAGUACUAGGCAAAAUUUGAGAGAAGGAACUGCAUCUCAGCCAGGAUGGGCAUGAAAUCAACUGUUUCUGAUUGAGCUACACUGGAAGGGCCUUACUGCUAAGCUUUAGUUCUGAACACUGGUGAUGGCCUUUCAUCAAUAAACUGUUUCUCAGGAAAAGGAAGGGAAAGUUUUCUGUUGUUUUAGGGUGUAGAGAAAUUUGGUGGGUAUUUCAUGGAGAAACCCCAGAAGGAGGAUAUGGAUGCUAGAGAAUACCAAAAAUGUGAUGUCCUUCAAACUGUGUUGGUUUUAAAGCACGGAGGAUUAAUAACCACGGUUAAUGUUUUGGCUUUAAAAAAUAAUUUUAAUUGUCUAUAUACUGGUCAGACUGUAAGCCCUAUAUCAUUCUGAUUGCAACAUUAUGAGGACUUUACCGCAGUCUGGCAAUUAUUUACCAAAUAUUGACUCAACAUCAGCAUUGCCAAAUACUUUUGCAAAGAAGUAAAAUGUAUAGCCUCCAUUCUAAAGAGCUUUUGGGUUCUGGUUGGGAAGAGAAUACUUAAAAUAGAAUUAGCAACAUAGGUAGAACAGUAUAUAUAAGUUAGUGUCAAAUUUAUAUCAAAGAUAGCAGAAGAAAAAAAGUUACUGAGAAAUGGGGCACUUGACAAUGUCCCAUAGAGAAGGAACAAGUUAAGGUGACCCUUGGGGGGUCACAGUUUAAGAAAAUUCAUAGUUAAUUCAUAAAAAAUUAAAAGUAUAUCAUUAAGUUAACAAUUGUAAUUAGUAAUGAAAACUGAUACCAUGCACAAAUUGAUGCAGCAGCAAAGAAGAUAUGCAGGUGACCAUCUCUUUUUUUUUUUUAAGGAAUUCAGAAAAAGAAAACUGUCUCAUAAUGGUGUCAGGCUACCUUGGAAAGGGCAAGGUUUUAAGAUUAAAAGGUCCAGUAAGACCUUGUUCUGUAUCAACUGUUGAUAUAGAGAGAAACUUGUUUUAAACAAUCCUGUCAUGUAUACCCUUUGAGCUGAGCUGUUCAGCCCCCCUAAGACUUACUUAGACAAGUGGACUCAUCUAGAUUCCAGAGAGAAACACUGACAGUAUUCGAGUUCUCACCUCUGCCAGCCCCACUGUGGAGGUACUAACUCUAGGUCCUCCCUGUCUCUGAAGGCACAUGUAGCAGCAUCCACAAAGGGCAUGCUUACCUCCCAGAAGUCACCUCAGGACUUGGACAGUAACUUCUGGGAGGACCUUCAGACGCACAGACUGAAGCAAAUGACAAGCAGGAAAGAGCUAUUUAGUUUUUUUUAUUGGUAUAUGUAAAUUUAGAAUACACCUAUUCCAUCAUUAGUAGAGGCUUUGCUUUGGCUGAUAAUGGAUUCUGAUGUACUUUGAUGAUUUAGGUUUUCUUGGAAAUUAAAGAAAGACCAAAGUAUUAAUGAUUUAGGCAAAUAUACUAUUCAAUUUAUUCUUCUGAUUUUGUGAAAACAAAUUAUUAUCAUAGAUGAGGUAUUAGAAUCUAUUACAGGUUGUAACAAAAAAACCUCAUGUUCUUUAAAGAUAUAUCUAAUUAGGUUAUAUCUAGUGUUCCUACCAGCUAAAUUAUUAUGUUCAACAUUUUGAAAAUUGAAUGGAAGUAUUUUUAAGACAUGAUACUAAAAACAUUUCUCUAUUUAUCAUUUUGUGUUAUGUAUAUAUAAUUCUAAUAAGAUAUUGUUUGUUCAAAAAAAGUAGAAAAAAGAAUGCUUUUUUUGCUUUGAAAAAUUAUUUGAGAGGCAGAGGAACAGAAGAUACAGACCCACAGACAGAGCUACUUUGUGCUAGUUCUCUGUCCUAAUGCCUGCAAUUGCUGGAGCAGUGCCAGGCCAAAACCAGAGCCAGGAAACAGAAACUCACUCCAGGUCUUCCUCAGGGAUGCAGGGAUCCAUCACCUGCUGCCUCCCUCAGUCUGCAUUAGCAGGAAGGUGUAAACAGGAUCCAGAGCCCAGGAUGGAAACUAAGGUCUCUCCUUGUGAAUGUAGGUGACCUCCUUGGUAUCUGAGCUGCUGGGCAAAUGCCCAUGAAGGAGUUGGUUUGGCUUUCUUCCUUCUGUGUUCAGCCUAUACCAAUUACCUCCAUACAUUUUCAUCUUAUAAUCUGUAAUUUGUUGUGCUGUAUGUAUUAUAUUGUUACAUUUGUGUUGUUCUACAAAUGUGUAUGAUGCAUCUAUAUGACACCAGUUAUCAGAAUGAAAAAAAAGUAAUGCCUAGAUAACACAGGAAAUCAGUUUGGGUUCUUAAAUUCACUGUAUCUUUUUUUUUGUUUUUGACAGAGUAAGACAGUGAGAGAGAGAGAGACAGAGAGAAAGGUCUUCCUUUGCCGUUGGUUCACCCCCCAAAUGGCCUCUAUGGCUGGCGCCCUGUGCCAAUCCAAAGCCAGGAGCGAGGUGCUUCUCCUGGUCUCCCAUGCAGGUGCAGGGCCCAAGUACUUGGGCCAUCCUCCACUGCACUCCUGGGCCACAGCAGGAGAGCUGGCCUGGAAGAGGGGCAACUGGGACAGAAUCCGGUGCCCCAACUGGGACUAGAACCCGGGGUGCUGGUGCCGCAGGCAGAUGAUUAGCCUAGUGAGCCGCGGCACCAGCCUCAGUGUAUCUUUCUAAAAAAUAAAGGAGUAUUCCAACUGAACCUAUACCAAAUGUAUUAUUCUUGUAUCUAUGGAUGACUAGUCAUACUAGUGAUAUUUAAAGAGAAACCAUGGGACUGUCCUAAUUGUUUUGUUUUAUAAUUUUGAUCUUGAAAUGAACUGCCUGAAAUUUCACAGCAUUGUUACUAUAUUGGAUUGUUACUAUAUUUGGAUUGCCAAUUAUUGAUAUGCAAGAAACCUUUCCAGACAAAGUGCCCCAUGCAUAUAUGCCCUAUGCAUAAUAUAUGGGACUAUAACAGUGCUAGUUUGGCUCUGUGAUGUUUUAACAAAUAGAAACCAUUCUGAAAAUAAUUGAGUACUUAUUUGGUUUUUUAUGUAAUAGCAACAUAAUUUUAAAAUAAUGAUGAUUUUUGUUUGAUGACAACUGUACAGUAAGAUAGAGCAAGACUCAGCUCGUUGGCUAUCUGGGUCUUUUGUGGUUUCAUGUAAAUUUUAUGAUUGUGUUUUGUAAUGAAUAUUAUUAGUAUUUUGAUAGAAUAUAUGAUAUAAAUGGGAGUUGAAUCUUACAACUUUUUUCUGCAUCUUUUGUGGUGCUCAUAUUGGUUUUGUUUUACAUUAUGUUCAUUUGAUUUACCUCAUGUUUAAUUUGAAAAUAUUGAACCAUCCUGGCACCCCUGGAAUAAAUCCCAGUUGGUCCUGAAGUCUGAUGUUUUUGAUGUAGUGUUGGAUUCAGCCUGCUAAUAUUUUGUUGAGUUUUUGUAUUUGUGUUUAUUGAGGGUAUUUUUCUAUUUGUGUUGUGUCUUUGGUUGUAGUUUCAGAGUAAUGCUGUCCUCAGAAUUUGCCAGAGUUCUAUUUAUUUCAAUAUUUUGAAAUAGCUUGAGCGGCAUUGCAAUUAGUUCUACUUUACCUGUUUUACAGAAUUCAGUUGUAAAGUCAUCAUGUCCUGGAAUUUACUUUGGGAGACUUUUAAUUAGUUCUUCAAUUUAAUUGCUUGUUAUUGGUCUGUUAAGAUUUGUUAUAUCUACCUUAUUUAUGCUUGUGUGUGUAUAUCCAUUUCUUCAAAGAUUUACAAUUUGUUAGCAAGUAGUAUUAUGAUCCUUUGUAUUUCUGUAGUACACAUUGUAAUGGCUUCUCUUUAAUCUCUGAUUUUACUUGCAUUUUAUCUGAUACUUUAGCAAAAGACUUUUUACCUUUCUUUAAGAACUUUUCAUUUUAUUGAUCCUUUAUAGUGUUUUUAAUUUCUAUUUUACUUCUUUUCCUAUUCUUGUUAUUUGUUCUUCCUGCUAAUACUGGAUGUGGUCUGUUCCUUCUUUUCUAAGACUUUCAGAUGUAUUGCUAUAUUUUUAAAUUUAAAAUAUUUCUAUUUUUGAAGUGUAUAUACUUCUGGGUGUAAAUAUUUUUUAUUAAUACUGCCUUUACUGUAUCCCAUAUCUUUUGAGAUGUUGUGUUAUCAUUUGAUACAAGAAAAUUUUUGAUUUUCCUUUUAAUUUCUUCAGUGAUGUGCUGGUCUGUCAGUUCCAUGUCUUUCCCAAGUCUUUUAUUUCUUUUGUUGUUGAUUUCAACAUUUAUUCUUUCAUGUUCUCAGAAACUAUGUGGUAUAAUUUCAAGUUUCUUAAACUUUAUUAACUUGAUUUGUGGCCUAAAAUAUGCUCUGUCCUGGAAAGAGAUGCAUUUGAUUAUAAGAAUGUAUAUUCUGUAGCUGGUGGGUGGUAUGUUCUGUAAAUAACUGUAUGUCCAUUUGCUAUAUAGUAUGGUUCAACUCUGAUGUAUCUUUGUUGAAUUUAUGUCUGUAUGAUCUGUCCGCUUAUGAAAGUGGGGCAUUGAAAUCCUUUAGUAUUAGUAUUGGGUUGUAUCUCUCCUUUUAGUAUAUUAAUAUUUGAUUUACAUAUCUGGGUUGGUCUAGAGUUUGUUGUAUUUGUAUUCUUGAGUGUUAAGUAUUCUUGUUUUAUCAAUCCUUUAUCAAUAUAUAAUGUUCUCCUUUGUCUCUUUUUAUGGUUUUUAAUUUAAAGUCUCUUUUUAAUCUGAUGAGUAUAGCUAUUUCUGUUGGUUUUGGUUUUCCAUUUGGAUGGUAUGACUUUUUCAAACCCUUAACUUUCAAUUUGUGUGUGUCUUUACCUGUGUUAUAAGUUUCUUGUAGGCAGCAUAUGAUUUCCUUGUUUUUUUUUUUUUGGUCCACUCAGCCAACCUAUGUUUUUCAAAUGGGAAAUUUAAUCAGUUUAUAGUCAAGGUUAAUAUUGAGAGAUAAUUUUGUUGCUUUCUUAUUGUUUGUGUAUUUUGGUUUGUAUUACCUCCCAUUGUUUGUUAUUGCAUUUUGGAAGCUUUCUAUCAUUUCACAAUAAUAUAGAAUUUCCUUUGUCUUUUGUGUAUCUACUCUGUUAGUAAAUUUGGUACUGUUGUCUAUUUUUAUGAUUAUUAUAAAUCAUGUCACUUUUAAUGUAGUACUCCUUUGAGGAUUUCUUGUAGGUAUGUUCUAGUGUUGAAGACUUCUCUAAAGUUUUUGAUUUUAUGGGAAAUGUUUUAUUUCUCCUUCAUUUGUAAAGGGUAUCUUCACUUGGUAUAGUAUUUGGGUUUUGAUUUUUUUCUUUAAAAACUUGAAUGUAUCAUCAUCCCAUUUUCUUCUGGUAUGUAGAAGUCAGGCUGAGAAGUCAUUUGUUAGUCGAGUG